AUGAUCCCGCCGGCACCGACCAUUGAAAUCUGGGGUCGUGGUUUGGAACUCAUGCACCACUACACACUAUCCACCGCCAACUCACUAGCCACCCGUCCUGACAUGCAGUACGUGUGGCGCGUGAAUCUCCCGGAAAUCGGGUACGCGUGCCCUUUCGUGAUGCACGGCAUCCUCACCAUAUCUGCCUUACACAAGGCCUACUUAAUACCCCCAGAACGGGAGACGUAUCUUGACCUUGCAACGGCACACCAAAAUGCUGGCCUCGAAGGUUUUCGGGUCGAGCUACACAAUAUCAAUGACACCAACUGGCAAACGUUUUUCAGCUUCGCCUCCAUCGUAGUCAUGUAUGUAUCCUCCGUGCCCGUGCGGCUGGGGAGCGAAACAGAAGCCAUUCCGAACAUCCUAGAGUUGUUCAUGUUUGUGAGGGGCAUUCGUGCGGUGCUGGAGCCAUAUCAAGGACGCCUACUCAAAACCAAGUUCGCCGCCUUGGUGUACGGUAUCUGGACAAUAGACCCUAAGGACGCCAAUUACAGAAAUCCCCCAAUGCAUCUGUCGCCCUUACCCCCCGACAUUUUCCAAGCAUUAACAGAGCUUGCGACCUUCUUCCGAGAAAACCUUGGCGAAGGCUGCCGCGAUGAAUACCUCAAGGCCGUCGAGGAGCUAGAAAAGGCCAUCUACCUCAUGGCGCAUGCUGGGACCAACGUUGAGGUGGGCAUGAUCUUGUUCUGGCCGUACGUGAUCUCGGAGAAUAUCAUGACGGAUAUUCAGGGACAUAACCCGUUUAGCAUGGUGCUGCUGUCCUACUUUGCGAUCCCGCUGUGCGUGUUGGAGCAGAGGUAUUGGUUCCUGCAGGGGUGGAGUCGGAGGCUGUUUGAGGUCACGGAUAUGAUUCUGGCAGAGCAUCCUGCAUUGCUGGAGAUGGUGAAGUGGCCUCGGAGGCAGGUAUUUGAGCUUUACGGGCCGAUAUGA